AUGGUCGCCUUCGACAAGUGUGAAACCCGGCCAGGCCACAUUGAGGCCAUCCUCAGUGGCCUCGACCGCUACAACCCCGAGACCACCACCGUGUUCCAGGACUAUGUGGCCCAGCAGUGCGAGGACCGGUCAUUCGACUGCUACGCCAACCUGGCCCUCCUGAAACUCUUCCAGUUCAACCCUCACCUCCUCCAAGCCGACACCGUGACCAACAUCCUGGCCAAGGCCCUGACCGUCUUCCCCUCCACGGCCUUCUCGCUCUGCCUCGCCCUCCUUCCAACAAACACCCAGCCCUUCCCCACCACCAGCGAAGCCCAAGCCGCCAGCCAGACCUCCGACUUCGUCGAGUCCGUGCAGAAGCUCACCCGCCUCAACACCCUCCUCGAGUCCGCCCAGUACGCGCAGUUCUGGUCGACCCUCAACUCCGACGACCUCUACGCCGACCUGACCGCCGACGUCGCCGGUUUCGAGGAACUCGUCCGCAUCCGCAUCGCCGUCGAGGUCGGCAAGACCUUCCGCUCCAUCAAUGCCGAGAACCUCGAGUCCUGGCUCGAUAUGCGCCGCGACGCCCUCGACAAGUUCGUAGUCGACGUCUGCGGCUGGAAGGUCGAUGGCGCUGUUGUCCGUGUCCCCACCAACAAGGAGAACGAGGCCCGCUCCGAGGUUAAGAGCGAGCGUGUUGGCGUCGAGCAGUUCGGUCGUGUUAUCCGCCGUGGCUUUGAGCAGCCUGCUUAA